CUGUAAACUUGGGAGUGGAGCUCUAUAGUGAGCACAGUCCCUAGCUGGACUUUGACAUGCCUGCAGUACAGAGCAAUGUGCAGCAAAGGAACUGUUGAUGUAUGACACAUGGACUUUUUGGAGAGAGUGCUUAUCCACUGCUGCAGAAGGCCGACUAGUCUUGGUCAUGUUACCUCAGGGAGGGGAGGAAAAAACAGAAUCUACACAGGGGGCUCCCUCAUUCCGGUUGUGAUGUUACUGAUGCACGGUUGACUCUGAACCAACACGAGGAGAAAAGAGUGUUUGGACGGGGGUUAUUGGUGUCUGGCUGAAAGAGACUCGCACGCCAAUACUUACUCAGUUGGGUGGAUUUAGCACUUUGGAAGGAAAGCAGUAAUGAGAUUGUCUCUGGGGAGUAAAAUGAGCCAGGUGAACCUGCAGAAACUGAUCUCUGAUGUGAUACAGCAGACAACGCUGCUGACUGUGGAGGCUUUUUCUUCCUCACUGACAUGUUUGAAUGGAGAGGACAAGAGUGCAGAUAUUCAUGCCUGAUCAUCAAAUUUGAUGGCAUACAUUGCUGCUAACCGAGUGUGAGGUUAUUUGGAACUACAGAACUAGGCAAAAUCCCGCCAGAACUCUACAAUGUCUAAUGAGACAUUCAACAUGUCCGCUGACCAAGUGGAGAGCACAGUUCCUUUGCCUCACGGAGGCCUUCAGCUGGGCCUCUCCCCUGAGAGUCAUUACAGCAACUCAUCCAUGUCCCCGUCACCUGACUCCGACAGUAGUAUUUCAAACAUUAGUGAUAGAGAAGCCAGCAGCUCCCCUGAGAUCAACAUGGUGGAGUGCUGCCUCAGUGAAGGUUCCCCUGUGGAUAACCCCUACAACACCACCUUACCACAGGGUGAUGUGUUCUGUGGUGUAAGCACAAACCUGAACCAAACUUUUAUUGCCACACCCAUUAAUGGCAGCUUGAAUUUCUGGAAUAAAAACUUGAGUCUGUUGAGCAACCAAAAGAUGGCAUCAGAGAAGUACCAGACUUUUAGUAAGAAUACAGAGGAUGGAAGUAACAUCGCAGCUUCGUUUCCAGACUGUUCUGGGAGGGAAAGCCACCUGGGUUCGUGUGAGACCUCCCGUAGAGGAUCCACUGAGAAUGACUGCUCCUCCCUGAGUUCUGGGGAAAUGGUAAUAAGGAGCAACAGUUUUUGCCUGGAGGACCAGUCACUUUUAGUAGUCUCUUCCCUUGAGGAGUCAUCAAUCUCGCCAGCUUCAGGCCGUCCAGCAUUACCUGCUGAAUCUAACCUGCUGUCAACCACUCUACCGGAUAUCUGCGAGAAAUUUACAGAAAAAGUCAUGGAUAAAAACAUAGGCCAUCCGUGUCUUAGUAUGACUUUCAAUCAGGCAGACAACUGGGAGCUCCUCACUGAGGAAAAUGAUAUGGCAACAUGCAACUCUCUAGUAGCUCUGCCAAGUGAGAAUGAAGUAGGUCUUUUGAUGACCUUCGUCUGUGAAACAUCUUCUGCAGAUAGCGGAAAAGAGGCUCAGUUUGCUAGUGUUGAAGCAGAGAUGUUGGCCCAUUUCCCUGGAGCAAUUACACCAGAACAAGGGAAGACCUUUGUGUCCACUCUGUCAGCUAUGCAAGAAACUGGCAAGGAUAUUCAUACUUCCACUCCAGUACAAAAUACUGGAAACAAGAUACCCAGCCUCCCCUCCUUUUCAGAGUCUCCAUGCACUGGAAAUGCAAGCAGCCCGGGACUCCAACCUGUUAAAUGGCAGCCAGUCUCUGUUACUCCUAAGCAUUUGGUUGCAGGACUACCGCCUUCAGCCAGCAAAGUCAGGAAAAUGGAAAUUAAGAAGUUUCCAAAGUCAGACUUGAGUAAUAUAAAAUCAAAAGUCAUCACAAGAACUUUGCAUCAAAUAGCAGUGCCAGGCCCUGAUUCACAACACAAACCAUCACGACUUAAUGUGACCAAUAAACAAACUGAAGCACACAGAACAGACACUAUCAGGAUUAGUCCUGCCAAGAUAAGGAGUAGCAUUGCAGUUCUCUCUACCACUACUAAAAUGGUCAGUGACACUCAGAGACAAAUGAAUACUCAGGCUGCCAAGUUGGGCGUGACAAUGAUACAGUCAUGUGGGCAUACUGCAGUGGAUGGACAGGGCAAGAGCAGAGCAUCCCCACCGGACCACUACACAGCUGUCAAUAAACAUGCUUCAACAGUUCAAUGCAGUAACGCCAAUUCUGAAACAGAGCAGGAAGCCUCAAGUCAAGUAGCAGACACCUCAGUACAGCAUGCAGGCAACCAGACCUUCUGCUUCUCAUCCUUAGAAAAAUCCCCUGUUAGAAGUGGCCAAAGAGAUCCCAAACCAGCUCCAAAAAAGAGCAUGUCAAAUAUAAUUCAGGUCAGGUCAGGCUCAGCUUUAGGUCAGGGCAAGCCACCUGUCCUUAAAACAAGGCCUCGCUGCUCAUCGGAGAGUUCAUCAUCAUCAUCUAGGCCACCCAAGGAGAAGAAAACAACUUUAAGGUUCUCAACCAGCUUUACCAUUCCCGAAGCUGAAAACUACCUGGGCCAGACCAAACCAGGGAACCUGAACUGCUCUUCCCAGAAUAAACAGGACGUACAAGCUGAGGUCACAAAGGGAUCUGCCGAAAACUCAGCUAGAGCGGUUAAAAAGAUCAGCCUGGUGGCAAUGUUCAGCAAAUCAACAGCAGCGGGUGCCUCAUGGGAUGAGAGUAAGAGCAGAUUUCGAGGACGACCAUCUCCUAGACAAAAAGGAGGAGCACCACUUUCAAAUCCUCCACCUGUCAGUCCCAGACUAGCCACUCUGUCAAACAGGCAGAAGCAGGGAACUCGAGAUAGAGAUCAAUGCAGGGCCUCCAAAGCUGUAGGGACACCACUGUCCAAGCAGAAGAAAAUUACAGGCAGUCAGAGAGCACAGGCAAAAGGAGACCCAUCCCAUGGAACUGCCUCAGCAGCAAGUUUUAAGCCCAAGCUGAAUGGAUCCCAACCUCUUCAGAUUCCCACUCGCUCCUCUCUUAUGGGCCUUCCCCCUACUCCUGUUUCUAGACUACCACGCAAGACCCUUGGGACAUCCAGGACCCUCACUGAUGUUCACAGUGAGCUGAGUGAAGGCCCUGGAAGUACAAAAGUUUCUGGAGGAGCUGCAAAUAAACAAACCCCCUUCAAAUCUGUUGUGCUGAAAUCAAGGCUCAUCUCAACACCUGGAAGAAACACUGGACAAAAUAUUCUGCUUGUAACAGCUUUGACCACAGCAUGCAAGCCUGCUGCUUCCACCAGCAAAGGAGCUGCAAAUUCUACAGUUAGUCCUUUGAAAAGGACUGCUUCUGCAAGACUUCUUCGUUUAACUUCAAGUGGACCUGUGGACAAGAACAAACCCACAGCCAGCUCCCGCCAGCAACACUCUCAGCAGCAACCAUCCCAACCAAACCAGAGUCAUGGACCUCCAGAUGUAGUACCAGCGAGUGUCGCCAAGGGUGAGAGGAAGGACCAGAGCACCAAACAGCUCAGAGAGCUCCUGGCAGCCAGUAACCGCAGAUUUCAGGCAGUCACCAUUGUCCUGCAGCAAACAUUGACUGAGCGUGACGAAGCCAUGAGGCAGUGCAGGGAGCUGUCCCAGGAGCUGGUAAGCCUUCGUGGAGAUCUGGUUUGCUCCAUCCAUUCAUCAGAGCGUUUGGAGAAAGAAAAGCAGGAGUUGCGUGUUGCUCUGGAGGAUGCACUGCAGAAACUGCAGGAGCAGCACCAGAAGGACGUGGAUGAGCUGGAGCAGAGGCUACAGGCGUUCUACCAGGCUGAGUGGGACAAGGUCCACCUCACCUACCAGGAGGAGGCUGACAAGUGCAAGACUCUCAUGGAACAGCAGAUCGGAGAGCUUAAAGCCAAUCAUGAAGCCAUGAAGCUGGAACUACAGAACAGCCACGUAGAACAGCUGCAGUGUGUUAAACAGCAGUAUGAAAUGUCACUGGAAGAGCUCAGGAACGUUCACAAUCAGGAGCUGCAGUCUUUGGACAGAACUUUGAAAGAUGCAGAAGCUUCUCUAUCUGGACAGAUUCAAGAGCUGACUGUGGAGAACAAUGCUCUAAUAGAGAAGCUAACAGCAGGGGAGAACAAGAGGAAAGAGCUGGCCGAAAAGAGUCAGAAGGACUCCCACACCCUGUAUCUGGAGCAGGAGCUGGAGAGCCUCAAAGUGGUGCUAGAUAUCAAAAACAAACAGCUCCACCAGCAGGAGAAGAAGCUGAUGGAGAUAGACAAACUGACGGAGAAAAAUGUCAAGUUGGAUGAGAACCUUAAGAAGGUCCAGCAAGAGAAUGAGGACCUCAAAGCCCGCAUGGAAAGACAUGCUGCAUUGUCAAGGCAGCUGUCCACAGAGCAGGCUAUGCUGCAGGAGUCUCUUCAGAAGGAGUCCAAGGUGAACAAGCGCUUGUCCAUGGAGAACGAGGAGCUGCUGUGGAAGCUCCAUAAUGGAGACAUGAGUAGCCCCCGCAAGGUGUCCUCAACGUCCACCUCCCCCUCCCACUCCUUCAGCCUCCAAUCACCUCGUAGCUCCGGCCUCUUCUCCAGCCCUCCUGUCUCACCCAGAUAACGAUGGGCCCUUGCUUCCAGGAAGCAGACCCUCAUGUUUGAGUUAUCCCUCUAGAAUAUGGAGCCAUGUUUUUUUUUUCCUGUACGCUUAGCAAAACAGCCUGACCUUGGCUCCUUCAGGAUUGGAUGAACUCUGACACUUUCUGUACGGAGACGCUACAGACUGUAAGAAAAGAAAAAUGUUGCACAGAAGCACUUAAUAUGCAAGGCCAUCUUGUUCUCUGCCUUUCACAUCUGAAACUAUCGAUGAGGGAAAAGGAAAUCUCAGGACUUCUAUGUAAUGAAACAUUAUUUUUGUUACUUGUAGUUGUUGGCAGAGGCUUGUCUUUCCUGAAGCUCAGCAGAGGCACACAUAAAGUACAUGCAGUAAAAAGAUACACACACACACACACAUGCAUGCAUACGUACACAUGUGCAGACACAGCCCUGCAGUGUGAGAGGGGGCGUCUUUGUGUCUCGGGAGACCACAGCCAUGGAAAGUCUGAAUGCAGAAUAGCUAUGAAUACAGAUGACACUAUCCCUCCUCAGGGCAUAUUUUUAUUUUAAAUAUGAAUGGAAUAUUGAAUUGCUUCAGUUGGAUUCCUGCACCAUUUCUCAAAGCUAACUGCUCAAGGGUGACAGUCAAACUGUCAUAUUACUAACAUCCCACUGCUAGCCAGUACACCAGUGCUGUACAUGCCUCUGUCUAAAAAGAGAAAUGUUAAUACCCAUAUGCAGGCCGUUCUGUCCACAAUGCUCGUGGUCAUGUUCCAAGUUUCCUUAUGGUUAUCUUAUUUUCAAAGGUCUAGAUUUUUUUACGUUUAAUUGACAGUUUGAGUAUCAUCUCUUGCCUCAAACAUGUUUUGUUUUUCACGUUUGUUUGUUUGACUAAGGGACCAAUCUAAGUCUUUGUGCAUGCAUUUGAGUCAGUCACCCCUCACUGAACCCUACUCCUAAUGCAGCUUUAAAUUCGGGGUCUUGACCACAAGAAGCCUUGCUUGUACAUGUCAGAGACACCGCAUCUUCGAACUGUCUCAAAAAGAGUAUUUUGUGUGGAAUUGAUAUUAUUGGUGUGUUGACCCUCUUUGAAAUAUGCAAUUAAUAAAGUCUUGUAUUAAACCUGAA